UAUCUCAACAACAACAAAAAUUGAAAUAAUUAGUGGUGGGUGUGAUUUGUUUGUGGCGUGACGGCUGAAUUGAAGAUGACGGUUGGGGCUAUUGCUUCCACCAAAAUCAAGCAAUAGCAAACAGCUUGAACUCCAGCUCAAACCCUCAAUUUUUGACCUCACAACCUUCUCCAAGCUCUGUCUCUCUUUUUUUCUCUGUAUAUUUAACAUCGUUUGGUUUGGGUCAGCAGCGAUCGUAAUAAUAAAUUGGCGAGUUUAAAUAUCCGUAAGUGGGGUUAAUGGAAGUGCAGUUAGUUGGUCAGGGUUUUCGUUUUGAUUACGUCCGUAAAAGAAAGAAAUGGAUUUUCAUUCUGUGUGCUGUUGGGUUGGGUGGUUUCAGCGCUUACAAGCUCUUUCAUGCGCCUUCUGUUGUUCGUAAGAGAAAGAGGCUUUCGAAGCUUGCGGGUGCGUUGGUUUCCGUAGCGGAAGCCGUGUCCGAAUCUGCAGAUACCAUCGGAAUCGUAUCCAGAGACGUUAAAGAGUUUCUGCAGUCCGAUUCAGAUCAAAUCCCCAAUAGCUUGAAGCAGAUUUCCAAGAUUGCUCGCUCUCAACAAUUGUCGGAGUCCUUGGUUGGCGUCACCAGUGCUGUCACCGUCGGAGUCCUGCGCGGUUAUCAAUCUAUGAACCGGACUGGUGGUGAGCAAUCCGGUUCAACGGCCGUGGACCGGGUGCUUGACAAAAUGUUUACACCAGCUGGGUCAGGUUUUGCUUCGGUAGUUCUUGGAAGCUUUGCUAGGAACCUGGUUCUUGCGUUUUAUACGGAUCAACGUAACCACUUAGGUGGAGAGUCGAACUCCAGCAAUGAGACUAGUGGUGUCACACAUGUUGGAUCCAAUUCGGAUCCUGUUCUUGCUUGGGUGGAUGUAGUUUGUGGUGAUAAGUGUGGGGAACUGAUUGGGAAUUGUGUGCAAUUGUUUGUGAGCACCGCGGUUGCGGUUUAUCUUGAUAAGACCAUGCAUAUCAACACCUAUGACGAUUUCUUUGCUGGCUUAACUAACCCGAAGCAUGAGACCAAUGUGAGGGAAAUCUUGGUUUCUGUUUGUAAUGGUGCCGUGGAGACUCUCAUCAAGACGUCUCACAAAGUGUUAACAAGUUCAAAUGCAGUUGUUGGUUCAGGUUCAGGUUCAUAUUUGGCUAUUGGAGAAACUUUGAUAAAUGAGGACCUGGGUGGAGAAAUGUCGUCCAUUGAAUCGAAGGCUGAUGAUGUUUAUGAUGAAGAAAAUAAGAGUGGCUGGGUGGGCAAAAUUUCGUCAACAUUGGCGGUUCCCAGUAAUAGGAGGCUUGUUCUUGACCUGACUGGAAGGGUGACGUUUGAGACUGUUAGGUCUUUCAUGGAGUUUGUUUUGCAGACAUUUUGUGCUUCUGUGAGGAGAUGUGCUCAUGUUGCUCAAGAGGCAGUGCUUGAGAUUGUGAGAUAUCUUGCAGCGAAGUCCUCCGUCAUUGUGACUAUAUGUCUCUCGUUGUAUCUGCACAUAAUGGGUGGAGGCUGGGCUUUGGUGCCUGCUUAAGUAGUUUUUCUGACUACUUUUCAUUCACCAAAUAUAUGUGAUUGGUAACUAAACUAGAAAAUUUUCUGGAGGUGCUGCUUCUUUGGGCUUGCAGCUUUGUCAUAAUCUCUAUAUACCAUACAUGGAUUAACUUUGUAAAUCUUAAUAUUAUAAAUGUACAGUGAUCAUAGAAGGUACGUUUUCUCUUAAAUUGUAAACUCAUGGGCCAACUCCACCGCUCUCUCAUAUAAAGCACUCAUCAACCAUUAAUACUAUUUGUUUUAGGUGUAUCAAUCAUGAUUAGAUCUAUUCUUGACUUGGAACUUAUUGUAAAUACAUCCUUCUGUAUAGUAUGAUGAUAUGAUAUUUUCUAUUAGCCAGGGUGCAUCCUUGGGUCAUUUGAACUCUGCUA